GCGUGGCAUCGGCGUAGUGACACGUGUGUGCGUGCAUUUCUCAAGUGGUUAGACACAAGCAUAGAAGCCCUGCUAGUCAACGGACACCGUGAGCUCAAACGCCUGGCCGCUCUGGAAAGUUCGGGACUUAAUUUCGUGCACCACACGGACCUGAAACCUGUAGGUAAAG